AUGCCUAGAUUCAUCAAUUUCCAGAUCGAUUGGCCCAUCCACGCCAAGCUCAAUAACGACAUUCUAGAUCAGAGUGCUCACGGAAAGAAUGAAACACCAAAGGAUUGCACCUGUGAUCUCUGCUACGAGCAGUUCUGUAUUACAUCAGUCGAUGAGGAAUAUGCGGCGGACUUGUCAUCAAAUGUCCCCACCAGCAAAAUCCUCGUGCGACCGCAGCUCUGCGAUGAUAGAUCCAAGGUUAUUGCGGAUCGCCGGGAGAUCCCCAAAGUUGAGGGCUGCGAGUGCGAGGAUUGCCGCUGCAACAUCCAUCAAUUCCAGUUGUUUUGGAAAGCACAUCAACAGUUGAUCAAGAAACAUUCAAAGCUCAUGGAUGAUUCGUACUCCACUCUCAAACUUUCACAGCAAUUGGAGGAGCUUCAAUUUCUCAAACAGCGACAUGAUGAGUUCCGCGAUAGACUCAGUGACGCGGGGAUUCAUCCCAGAUAUCCAAAAUGCGGAAAUGUCGAUGACUUGUCACUUGUAUCAAGCGAAGGAUGGUGCUUCACAGCAUCCCAAUGCCGGAUCGAGCGAACGGAGCAGGGUCUAGAGUGUUGUACGGGAAGAAUGUCUGAGAAUGGGGUGACCCAGUCACUCAUUCGCGACUUCUCAGUCUCAACACAAAGUCGACUGUAA